GUUGUACUCGUCCUUCGUUGUUUUUCAAAUCUUGUGGGAGGUGCUUUUUUUUUAUUUGGUUGGAGUGGCCUAUGGUCACAGCUCUAUCAAACGGGGUUCGAUGAAACCGUGAGCAGAAUCUCCGCAUCUCUCGUUACUCCGUGGCCUCUACGACAUUUGGUUGCUUUUAGCGCUUCGUAUGACUUCCGGAAGCUUGCCCGCCCUUUCGGACGCAGUCCUGAGCAGAUCGCCGAUUGCCUCCUCUCCACUUGCUCACAGAUGACACUAUGGGGGUCGACCCUCUCUCCCCUAUUGCGCCCGUACGCUUACGGGCGCUGCUACUACCCAUUGGCAAGAUAAAACGCUCGAGGUUCCUGAGCUUCGCCGCACGGCUUCAGGCCGAAAAUGUUGUCCGCUUGGGUGAUAUUAGUCCUGAUGCGCGACCCAAUCGAAACAUGUUUUCCCCGCUGGCCUUCCCUACCGGCAUGAUACUUUACGACCUGUCCUACUCCGUGCCUCCGACAUCCCACCUAGAGCUAUUUCCUUUCGAGAUCUUUAGAGAGCCCCUGGUGAUCAUUGCGAUAGCCGACGGUGCCGAACUUAGCGAAAGCGUCAAGAAGGAUGAACCAGCAUCUGCGGCCGAACAGCCCCCAACUCCGGGCGAGCUGGAGCAGCUUCGACAGGAACUGGAAGCAGUCAGGGAGACCAAUCCCAGGGCGCUGGUCCACCAGCUCCUAAUUUUCGACUAUGAAGGAGUGAACAAGCUCACAAACGGCCCGGGAGAUGUGCUUUGGAUCCCACGACCUCAGGCGUCGAAGGCCACUACAAUGAAGACAGUCUUGUGUGAUAUUACGUCUGUGCUACUCUCUGAGCUAGACGAGUUUGCAAAAACCAUUCAAAGUAUACCAUCUAUAGAAUCGCCGAGGGCGUCAUCCUGGGGUCCUCAUCGCGGCCCUGACAUACGCCCGCGGCCGACCGACAGGCUGUUUCAUCGGAUGACCAUGCCUGCACAUCUCCCAUCAAGCCCUAACGGUACGACCGAAUCUCCUAUGAGAUCCAACCAGGGCUCGCCGGCUCCAAGCGACCAUGAAACUCCAACCACCUUUGAUGAGAUCACCCGAUCUAUACAAGUAGCCAAUCGUUCCAACUCGGUGGGCAAGGUGCAUUCGCUGCCAUCAUCCAAGGAGCACAGCCGUGAUCGAAUGUCUGUGAGCGGCAUGAGCGCGACUGACCGGACUAAGAACAGGAUCAAAGGUCGUACGGGUGUUGUUGUUGGGACACUGUUCCUCCAAGCUGGCAGAUGGCCGGACGCUUUGAAAGAGCUCAUUGAAGCCGCGUCUAAUGCUAGAGCAAGCAGUGAUUACGUGUGGCAUGCGAAAGCGCUGGAAUCCAUCCUCCUCUGUCUAUUGAUGGUCGCCUGGGCUGGGAUGGACUUUCAGCAGAUCCCUCCCGUUUGCUAUCCUGUUGCCGACAAGUCCUCAAAGCUAUCAUAUAGCAGUAGUCUUGAUACGAGCUUAUCAUCUCCUGGGAACCGCAUAAUCUCACUUCAGAAUCUCUCCAAUCUAUUACCCGAUCUUGCGAACAAUAUAUUGAAUCUUUACAACCGUGCCGCCAACAUCACAGACGAACCUUUGCCUCAGCUUGUCUUUUCGGAAACAGUGAUUCGUCUGGCAAGGUUAUUGGCGGCCGCUCGUAUUCGCGAUGGCGCCCUGGAUGACGUUGCCCUCAAGCAUAUCGUUAUGAAUGAGUCCCUCCCACCUUUGUACCGACCGGAACGACCUCGUGGUCUCACCAUUCUUCGCAAAUCUGAGAUUGCGAACUUCCUUUUCCGCGCAUUACCUCUUUCCUCUAGCGCAGAUCUGCCUCCAACAGACACCAUACCUAUCAUAGUUGGCGUGGUAUCCGUCCUGAAUGUGCUCGAUCUACCGCGAAAGAAGGCCUUCAUAUUGAGGGAGCUUCUAUCCAUCAUGGUUCCAACACUUGUGCAGGCUCGCAAGAUUGGCGCGGCAGAAGUGGGAGUUCAUCCCGCCGCUGGAUUGGCGUCUCUCAGCGACACAGCUUUUGAUAUCAAUGCCCUUGAUCUUGGUCCAGGGAACAUGGAGGAGAGCAUGCGCUCGCUCCUUGCCACUAUAGGCGACAUCUAUGGCGUCCAGCCGUCGUCUGUCUAUGAAUGGGAGAAGAGACGGUCCUCCACUGCGGGUGGACCGGAACCCUUCCCGGAAUAUGAUUCGAUCACUGCCAUUGUUGAACGGGCGUUUCGACACACCGUUCUGGAUGGAUAUGGUGACCUCAACCUGAAGAUUGAUGUUCUAAAAACGUGCAUUAGCUCUUGCGAGGCCCUCCCCGACUUUAGCGGCGUGCUUCGGUUCACAGUAGAACUUCUCCAGACCAUCAGAGGGGAUCUGAUGCUUGCCGAAUCCCACUACCAACCACCCUAUUUACCACGAGACGAACAGAUACGACUUUUGAACAAUAUUAAGCGGACUGUUGGUGCAGCCCACAAAUUAGGCGCCUCAGGGCUUGAGGCAGAGUAUUGGGACGAUUUCUUGGUCCGCGGUGUUCAACUGCUGGCUCUUCCAGAUCCCAGGCGACCUGUUCGCCGCUCGAAACCUGAUCUAGACGCUGUUACAGCUAGUCGUGAGAAGGCGACGAAGGAUCCAUUCUUAUACAACCCUUUCUCCAAAGCAAGUGGCAAGGCUGCCGAGUCGUUGAUGGUUGCCGGUGAAUUUGCGGCAUUCCAAGUCACACUUCAAAACCCUUAUGAGUUCGACUUGGAGAUCGAAAAGCUCGCCCUCGAUAGUGACGGUGUAUCUUUAGACGCAGUGGCCGAGUGGAUCCUGAUUCCCCCACUAUGCGUGCAAGACAUCACAGUCUAUGGGAAAGCCACCGGCGAGGGAGCGCUCAAGGUCACAGGCUGCAUAGUGAAGGUUCGGCACUGCAGGGAGCGCAAAUUCCCGAUAUUCCAAAGCUUCUGGAAGCCUGAAGCAGAAUGGAAAUUCAAACGAACCGGGUUGGCGGCCAAGAAGCCUACCGUGGAACGUCCACUUUCGUGGAGCUCAACGACUUCCAGGAAUGGGAAACAGCUUCCCAAAAAAGGCCCCGAAACGUCGGUUUGCGAGGUCAAAGUCAUUGGACAACAGCCAUCCUUGGUGAUUGAGUCCUUGUCGCUGUCCCAGUCCGCGAUCAUGGUCCUUGAGGGUGAACUAAGCUCCUUCAACAUUACCCUCCGAAACACUUCGCCCUGCCCUCUCGACUUUAUCCUCUUUACCUUCCAGGACUCGACCACAAGACAGGUUCAGUCGGCACUCAGCAGCAAAGACUUGCUGCCCGUCGAGAUAUAUGAGUUGGAACUGAACCUGACCAAACCCGCGCUGCGGUGGCGCCGAGAAGGGUUGAACCCUGAGGAUCACUCUAUCCCAGCAGGCCAGAGUGCCACAUUCACCAUUGAUGUCAUUGGAAAACCUGGCUUGCAGGACACCACCGUGCAGAUUGAUUAUUCGUGCAUUGGAGUUACGCAUGGGAACUUACCUGACGUGUUCUACACCCGUCAAUUGUUUGUCCCACUUACUGCAACGGUCAAUGCCAGUAUAGAGGUCGCACGAUGUGAUAUCCUACCCCUUAGCAGCGACUUUGCAUGGUGGAACAGCCCCGACAGCGUGAUAGAAACCGAAACUGGCCCAAUCAGCGCCGGUUCUCUACCUCCAUCGACGGAGAAUGACCCGUUCUCGCCAGUACUCUCUCACCUCGCCCGAGGUGGAUAUGGACCCGACCACUGUAUUCUUCUCCUUGAUCUUCGCAACGCUUGGCCAAACGCUUUGUCGGUAUCCUUGCAUGUCAGUGAGAACCCGAUGCAGUCAGAUGUGGGACGGCCUUCCCAAUUGCCGGAAGACGGAAAAGGCCAAUAUGCCGUCCGCGGAGAGCUCCAGCCAGGUCAGAUGUCACGGUUCGUUCUUGUUCUCCCUCGAGCCUAUCUAGACAACCCCCAUGCACCCAUCCCGAUCUUGAACACGGGAGUCAAGCGGCAAUUUGUCGUCAGUGCCAACAAACUCACCUUCGAAGCCGAGGCGGCUACACGCGAAGCAUUCUGGUAUCGGGAAGAGAUCCUCCAACGAGUCUGCGGGUUCUGGAAAGAGAAGACAGGCGUCCGUGAAGGGAUAAUCGAUCUGCGUAACCUACGCUUAAAUGCGCGCAUGGUCGAGGCCUUCCAGUUAGAGGACCUUGGCGUGACAUUCUCCCUGGAACCUUCAUUCCCCGACGACGCCAAGAGCGUCGUCCAAACCGGGCGCUCCAAGUACAAUGUCCACACCGACGACAUGCUAAACCUAACCGUCACCGUCGUCAACCGCUCCUCGCGGCCCAUCCACCCUCUUCUACGCCUCCAGCCGAGCCUGCGCCACCAACCCAGCAAUAUCGCCCUGGACCUUUCACGACGCCUCGCCUGGACCGGAAUGCUGCAACAAGUGCUCCCCAUCCUACACAGCGGCGAAAGCACAACCGCCACCGUCGGCGUCACCGUUCUCUGUCGAGGCGAGUACGAAUUCGGCGCCACCGUCGAGGAACUCCGCCUCCUGAGACCGGCUCCCGUCUCCGACGACGAUCCCUCUCACCCACCACCACCCCCAGCUCAGGCUGCCUUCCACGACGACGAAGGCAUGAUCACAGAUACCUUUGGGGCGGACGUGGCCAAGAAAAGACGAAUAUGGCAUGCCAAAGAGACGUGCGUUAUGAAUGCCCAUGACUGA